AUGAUGCUUCAGCUAGCAGAACGCUCGAUUACUAGACCAUAUAGUGUAGUUGAAGACGUCCUUGUUAAGGUUCGCCAAUUUACUUUUUCGGUAGACCUUGUGAUCAUGGAUAUAGAAGAAGACUCUGAUAUUCCCCUUAUUCUAGGCCGACCAUUCAUGCUUACUACAAAAUGUGUUGUGGACAUAGGGAAUGGCAACUUGGAGAUGAGCGUGAAGGAUCAAAAAGUCACAUUCAACCUGGUCGAAGCAAUAAAGCAUCCCAGUGAUAGUAAGACAAGCUUCAAGGUGAAGGAGAUUCCCUCAGGGGAGCAUGCCUUUGAAGAUUUAAAGAAAGACAGCCUAACAGAGAAGCUCAAGGUGGAGUUAAAAGCUCUACCUACUCAUCUGAAGUAUGUGUUUCUGGAUGAAAAUGAAGCCAAGCCAACCGUGAUAAGCAAUGACCUAUCAUCAGAUGAAGAAGCACGAUUGAUAGAGGUUCUCAGAAAGCACAAUGAAGCUAUUAGGUGGCAUAUCUCUGAUCUCAAGGGAAUCAGUCCACCCUACUACAUGCAUAAGAUUAUGAUGGAAAAAGAAUGCAGACCAGUGAGACAGCCACAAAGGAGGCUCAAUCCAUCCAUGAAAGAGGAGGUGCAAAAAGAAGUUCUUAAGUUACUUGAGGCUGGACUUAUCUACCCUAUUUUUGACAAUGCUUGGAUUGCAGUAGACCCCAAGGAGCAAGAGAAGACAGUGUUUACAUGCCUUUUUGGAGUCUUUGCUUACAGAAGAAUGACAUUCAAAUUAUGUAAUACACCAGCCACUUUUCAGUGGUGCAUGCUAGCUAUCUUCGCCAACAUGUUGGAGAAGUGCAUCAACGUUUUUAUGGACGACUUCUCUGUCUUUGGUCCUUCCUUUGACUGUUGCCUGACCAAUCUGGAGCUUGUGCUAAGACGCUAUGUUGAAGCAAUUCUGGUACUAAAUUGGAAGAACUGUCGCUUCAUGGUCCAGGAAGGAAUAGUGUUGGGCCAUAAGAUCUCAGCUCGAGGGAUAGAGGUGGACAAAGCAAAAAUUUAUGUCUUUGAAAAGCUACCUCUGCCAAUCAAUGUGAAAGGCAUUAGGAGUUUCCUUGGAUAUGCAGGAUUCUAUCGGCGAUUCAUAAAGGACUUCUCCAAAAUUGCUAGACCCUUGAACAAAUUGCUGAAUAAAGAUGUAGUGUUUAAGCUUGAUGAGGAAUGCUUGACAACCUUUCAUACCCUAAAGAAUAGUCUAGUAUCUGCUCCAAUAAUAGGGGCACCUGACUGGAGUAAAGAAUUUAAGCUCAUGUGUGAUGCUAGUGACUAUGCAGUUGGUGCAGUUCUUGGACAAUGA